AUGUAUGCUAGUGAUUUCUUCAUUUUGUCUACUGGAGAAAAUAACGAAGGUUAUAAUCCUAAAAUGAUAGGAAUAGAAAAUUUCAAAGGCGAAAUAAUCAAUUCAAGUGAUUAUAGAUCUGGUAAAAAAUAUAAGGAUAAAAAGGUAUUGGUCAUUGGAUCAGGACAUUCUGGGAUAGAAAUAGCUUUUGAUCUUUCAAAUUAUGAAAGUCACACAUCAAUUUUUGUUAGAAGUCCAAUUUAUGUUCUAACAAGGGAGAUGGUGUAUAGUGCAAUGUUGUUGCUAAAAUAUUUACCAAUAUCUUUGGUUGAUACUGUACUUCCUGGAAUAUUAGAAAUAAAGGAACAUACUAUACUGUUUGACAAUGGAGAUAAACAUCAAUUUGAUGCAAUCAUUUUUGCUACUGGAUACAAGAAUAUUGCUACCAAAUGGCUAAAGGAUUAUAGCUCAAUAUUCCUUGAAGAUGGCACAUUGAUAAAUUGGAAAGGAGAGAAUGGGCUAUAUUGUGCUGGAUUUUCAAAAAGAGGGAUUGCUGGUAUUUCAAAGGAGAGAUCGCACACAUUUCAACUAUUAUAUCGAACAUUUGCUAUCUCUUGCCAGCACAAGUAUCGAAUAACUCUACACAAAAAAUUGGGUAACUUUAUUUGA